AUGGCUGACGCUCUGAAGGCUGAAGGCAACAAGGCCUUUUCCGCGAAGGACUAUUCUACUGCUAUUGAGAAGUUUACCCAGGCUAUCGAGAUUGAGCCCCAGAACCAUAUCCUUUACUCCAAUCGCUCUGCCGUCUAUUCUGCGCAGGCCGAAUACCAGAAAGCUCUCGAUGAUGCCAAUAAAGCCACCGAAAUCAAGCCCGAUUGGUCAAAGGGUUGGAGUCGCAAGGGUGCUGCCUGUCGGGGCUUAGGAGAUCUAUUGGCGGCUCAUGAUGCCUACGAAGAAGCUCUCAAGAUCGAGCCUGGCAACGAGCAAGCCAAAUCUGGCUUCAAUGCCGUUAAGCGGGCUAUUGAUGCUGAAGCUCAGGCUGACGGGGUCACCGGUGAUCCUAUGGGUGGACUGGGUGGAAUCUUCAAUGAUCCUCAGCUAUUCCAAAAGCUAGCCAACAACCCCAAGACCUCGUCCCUUCUUGCAGACCCUGAGUUUAUGUCGAAGCUUCAGCGUCUUAAGCAGAAUCCGAACAGUAUCGGAGCGGAACUCCAGGAUCCGCGUUUCUUGCAGGUCAUGAGCGUUUUGUUGGGAAUUGAUAUGAGCUUCGGUGCUCCUCCUGAGGCUGCUGGUGCCUCAGGGGCCAAAGAGCCCGAAGAAGACGUGCCGAUGCCCGAUGCUCGUCCUACUGCAUCGGAACCAAAGAAGGCACCCGAGCCCGAGCCCGAGCCCGAGGAUGAGGAGACAGCCGCUAAGAAGAAGGCCCAGGAAGCUGGAGAUGCCGAGAAGAAGAUCGGCAACGACUUCUAUAAGAAAAAGCAGUUUGAUGAGGCCGUCGAGCACUAUACUAAGGCCUGGGAGCUGAACAAAGAUGUCACGUAUCUCAACAAUAUUGGAGCGGCUAAGUUCGAGAAGGGUGAUCUGCAAGGAACGAUUGAAACUUGCCAGAAGGCUGUCGAAGAGGGUCGUGAGCUCCGGGCCGACUUCAAAGUCCUUGCCAAGUCGUUCGCCCGAAUUGGUACAGCGUAUGAGAAGAUGGGUGAUCUGACCCAGGCCAUUGAGUACUACAACAAAUCGCUCACUGAACAUCGCACGCCCGACGCUCUCACUAAGCUCCGGAAUGCCGAGAAGGCCAAGGCCAAGGCGGAAAAGGAGUCCUAUAUUGACCCCGCCGAGGCUGAAAAGGCACGUGAACUUGGCCAGAAGAAGUUCCAGGAGGCUGACUGGCCCGGUGCCGUUGACGCUUUCACCGAAAUGACAAAGAGGGCUCCCCAAGAUCCCCGAGGCUUCUCGAAUCGCGCCGCCGCUCUCAUCAAGCUGAUGGGUUUCCCUCAGGCUGUCCAGGACUGCGACGAGGCCAUCAGCCGGGAUCCCAAGUUCAUCCGAGCCUACAUGCGGAAGGCACAGGCUUUGAUGGCCAUGAAGGAGUACAACAAGGCUAUGGAUGCCUGCACCGAAGCCUCCGAGCAUGAUGAUGGAACUCAUGCCCGUGAAAUUGACCAACAGCAGCAGAAGUGCCUGGAGUCUCAGUUCAGCGCUCGUGCGGGCGAGACCGAGCAGCAGACUAUGGAGAGAAUUCAGAAUGACCCCGAUAUCAUGGCUAUCCUCCAGGACCCGGUCAUGCAGAGUAUCCUACAACAGGCCAAGAACGACCCUGCUGCCCUGCAAGAGCAUAUGAAGAACGCCCAGGUCCGAACCAAGAUCCAGAAGCUUAUGGCGGCGGGUGUCAUUCGCAUGGGGCGCUGA